AUGGCAGUGGGCGGGGAUGUGAGCUCCACUGGACACGUUUCCCAGGGUGCUGGUCCCACUGGAUCCAGGGAAACCAAGAUGAAAACCUGGAUCUGUGAUUCGGGACAGAAGCUGGAAAUUUUCAUCCCAUUUUUGGGCAAAUCCCGACCCUUCACGGGACGUUGCUGCCAAACCUGCACCCCCAAGAGCUGGGAUGGUUUCUUCCACCAGCAACUUGGCUACCUUGGCUUCCGUGAUGCUGCCCGGGUGGCUGAGGAGGACACACCGUUCCGGGGCUGGCUGGUCCGAAGGGUCUGUGCUUUCCUGAUGGUUUGGAACCGGAAAGUUCCUGCUGACAUCCCCAGAGACCUCCUGGAGAGGGUCUGCCAGAGCAGGAGGGUGCAGGAUGCUGCUGGCCUGUCCCACGGCUCCAGAGGGGACAGCAAAUCCCAGCAGGGCUGGAAGGAGAAAGUCCUGGAGAUCCUGGCCCAGAUCCAGGCCCCGCUCUCAAUCCCCACCCUGAGGUUGUGCUGCUGGGUCCUGCUCAAGCUCCUGAACUGCCUCUUCCUCGCGGUGCAGCUCCACCGUGGGCAGCUGGAGAUGGUCCUGAGGGCUGCCCGGAUGCAGGCUCUGCUGAUCUUCCUGGAGGAGCCCCAGGCCCCCUGGCAGCUGUCGGGCCCUGCUCGGGCCUGGCUGGUUGCCCUGCUCCGCGCCCUGCGCCGCCACGCCGUGCCCGACCUGCUGCUGCUCCCCGUCGGCAUCGCCUACGACCUGGUGCCAGGAGGUCUGCAGCAGCAUGGAGAGUGUCCCCCCCGUCCCCUCAGCCUGGGCUCCUGCCUGUGGAUGCUGUGCCGGGCGUUGCGCCAGCCCCGCGGCUUUGCCCGCGUGGACUUUGCCCAGCCCUUCUCCUUGCAGGAGUUUGUGGCCAAAAAGCUGGUGAUCAGUGGGGAGACCCUGGAGGAGCUACUGCUGCCCGCCAUCCUUGGCACCUGCCCUGUUCUGCCAGAGGCCAAGAUCAGGAGUCCCAGCCCCACUGUGGCCAGCAGCUCAGAGGAAGAGGAGGAGAUGUUGGUGAUGAAGCUGGGCCUGCACUGCCUGAGCGACACCAUGGCCUGCUCUGCCAUCAUGGCUGUGGACAUCACGUCGGCCCUUCUGCUGUACAAGCAUCGCCAGGGAGUCCUCCUCUCCAGGCUGAUGCUGGACUUCUCCUGGCUGCUGGAGGAGAUCCUGCUGCGCCGGCAUGACGUGGGCUUCUCAGGGCAGCUGCGCGCUGUGGUCUGGCACAGCCUGCGCCUGCUCGGCCCCCACGUCACCUUCUACCACCUCAGGCCCCUCGGGGACGUCCUGGUGGUCCCCGAGGCCUCGGCUGAGGCCUGGAGGGAGCUGGGCCACCACAGCACUGCCCUCCUGCCUGUCUUCGCCUGCGAGGCCGUGGGAGCCUGUGCCAUCCGAGCCCUCCUGCUGGAGCUGCUGCCGUUCCUGGGAGGCCCCCCUGGGCCCCCCGGCAUCAUCCUGAGCCAGGGUGAGCUGCACCAGAAGACCCUGGAGCUGCUCCAGCUGCUGCCCCCCAACCUCCUGGGGCUCCAGCCCUGCCAGCCCCUGGAAUGCCAGAGCCAGGACAUCUUGGACAAGCUCCUCCUGUGUGGGCUCCUGCAGGCUGAGGAGGAGAACGAGCACUGGCUCUGUGACGUGUCCUCGCAGCCCUGGCCUGGGAUGGACUUCACUGACAGUGACAGCGAAAACGAAGUCCCCAAGCGCUGCUUCAAGGUGAGUGAGCCCCCGGGCUGCCCCGGCCUCCUCCUCUUCCUCUGCCGCCUCCUCGGCCCCGUCCUGCGCAGCUUCACCGGAGCCGCUGGCUUCGAGGAGGCAGCCUGUCUGGAGGACCUGCUGCAGUUCCUGGCCCAGGAGGAGGGCUGGGGUGAGUUGGGGGCGGGAGGUGGCCUGGAGGGCACUUCUCCCCGCACAGGCCCCCCCAGCAGGAGCCUGGCCCUCAGCUCACUGCAGACCUUCAGGGAGAUGGGGGUGCUGGAGGAGGUGCAGACCCCCACAGGUCCCCAGCUCCAGCUCCCCCAGCCCUUCCUCACUGCCACCAACCGGGAGAAGCUGGAAGCCUUUAUCCACCAGUUCACCCAGUCGUAG